AUGACGAAGGCUCAGAACGACAUGAUGAAAAACCUGGCUAGUUUAAUGCAAGGCAAUAGUAUAAUUCGAGAAGAGACUCCAGUUAUCGGUCAUAUUGCCGAGGAAUGUGUGUAUCCUCUAGGUUUUGAAUUAGGGGCUAACGGUGGAAAAGCCUCGGUUAUUUGGUACUUCCGAGUAAACAUUCUAUCCCCCUGGCUUCACACCACUGCAAGUCUGAGAACAACAAGCAAAGAUUGUUCAACCGGAAAAGCAGGAGAAAUGAUAGAGAUGGCAAUCAUAAGUGGGAAACUAGACAGGGGAGAAUCUAGCCGAAAGCCUCCAGCAAGAAUGAAGGAUAAUGAGAUCAGCAAUGUAAAGAAAUAUGAUUCUAAUAAUAUUACAGUUUCCCAACCUCAAGCCACUGGGUCGUCUACACAAAAUCCUGUUAAACAAGGGGCGAAUGAGCCAAGACAAGAAAGGGAAAGGGUUCAAUUUGACCCCAUCCCUAUGACUUAUAAAGAACUUUUCCAGAUCUUGUAUGACAAACAUGUGGUGUCCCCAUACCACACUUCUCCAAUCGAGCCUCCUUACCCAAAAUGGUAUGAUGUCAACGCUCAAUGUGAGUAUCAUGCAGGGAUAUCGGGGCAUACAAUUGAAAACUACUUGGUCUUUAAGAAGUUGGUGCAACGAUUAAAACAGAGAAAUGUCAUCAACUUCGGUGACAGUGAGCAGCCCAAUGUGGCUCAAAACAAACUUCCGAACUAUGCAGGGACCGGGGUUAAUGUUGUUAUUGAGGAGAAAGUAAAUGGAGUCAUAACCGAAAUCGAUGAAGUGAAGUCACCCAUGGAUUGGAUAUGGGGACAAAUGGUCAAAGUAGGCUGGUUGAUCUCUAAUGUUAACAAGAAUGAGCACGCUUGCCCCUGUCAUUGUUACGAGGAUCAUAUCAUUCAAGACUGUGAUGAGUUCAAGGCCUUGGUUCAAGGGCUGAUGGAUAGUAAAGACAUGGAAUUUUACCAUGAAGCUACAAAAGAAAGAGAGAUAGAAGUUUACGCUUCUGAAGGCACAUCCAAGGGAGUUUACAAUGCUAAUUGCCCUUUGGUCAUCACACCGAAAGCUCGGACUAUGGAAAAAGUAGUCCCUAAAGUGGUGAUUACACCUCCGUCAUCCUUUCCUUAUAAGGACAACAAGCAGGUCCCUUGGAAGUAUGAAUGCCAUCUAGAGAAUGGUAAGAAUUCAGAGGCUACUAAGGAAGAGACCAGUGAACCCGAGAAAAGAGCGGCCUCUGAUAAAGGAAAAAGCGUUGAGAUAUUACUGAAAGAUGAUGAGCCGACAGUUAAUGAGCAUGUAACCGAGAAUGAGACUAUAGAGUUUUUAAAAUUAUUAAAACAUAUCGAAUACAGUAUUGUCGAGCAAUUACAUAAAUUGCCAGCUCGUAUCUCAAUCUUGGCUUUGUUACUAAGCUCUGAAGCACAUCGAAGUACCUUGUUAAAAGUCUUGAAUCAGACUUUUGUGCCGAAAGAUGUACCAGUAGAAAAUAUAGAUCGACUGGUUGCAAAUAUUCAGGCAGAUAAUUUCCUUUCUUUCUCUAAUGAUGAGAUCCCCUCUGGGAUUAUGGGUAACUCUAAAGCUCUACACAUCACCGUUAGAUGCAAAGGUCAUGUGUUAUCACGGGUAUUAAUCGAUAAUGGCUCAGCUUUGAAUGUUAGGCCACUAGUGACUCUAAAAAAGCUAACAAUUGACUGUAUGCAUAUGAAGAAUUGCCAAAACAUUGUGCGAGCUUUCGACAGAACGAAGAAGGAAGUACUGGGAAAAACUGAUAUCCCUUUUACCAUAGGCCCGUCAAUUUACGAGGUUGAAUUCCUCGUCAUGGAUAUAAUGCCGACUUACAAUUACUUGUUAGGAAGGCCUUGGAUCCACCAGGCGGGAGUCGUACCCUCCACUCUACAUCAGAAAAUCAAAUUUGUAAUGGAGGGAAGACUAGUAUGCUUUAAUGUUGAAUAA